GCACUUUGUAAAUGAAUAGUCAACCAGAUGCACAGACCUGCAGACAGUGGGCAGUAUACAUACAACACGCACAUGCAUCACAGGACAGCAGGAUCAGAGAUAAUUAUAUUUGAAAACAGCAUCAUAAUACUGUAUUAAGAAGUGACCGUUUGAAAAGAUGCCAAGUCCCACCCAUAUGUUAGUGUCAGUAUUUUGUGUAUCCCGCAGGAGCUAACGGGGAACCCAUUUGCCAAAUCAAUCGGAUUCUGUAUUCUUAAUCAGCCAUCGCUAUUUAUAAUUAUAUUGCGUGCAGGGCGGAGGAGGCGAGCCUCGCGAUGCAGCUCGGUCGCUUUUUUACACUCGGCGCUGUCCUGUCCCUUCUACAGAAGAAUAUUAUUUGGAAAGGAUAGGAGGCUUCAAAACGCGCAGCGACUGCUCUGAGUUAUGGUGGUAUUUUCGGGCAACAAAGAGACUGCAACCCCAAACGAUGCAAUGUCGAGCUCGGAUUCAGCAGAAGAUGAUUUCAGAAAACCAGCUCUUCCCAUCUCUAAUCUCAAUCUGGGGAAGGCGAUUCAUACUUUAAACGCCCUGCAGCAAGAGUUCCCUGAAGUGAUCCCCCUGAACGUGGGAGGGACGUUCUUCACCACGCGGCUGUCCACGCUGCGCCGGUACGAGGACACCAUGCUGGCUGCCAUGUUCAGCGGGCGGCACCGCAUCCCGUGUGACGCAGAGGGGAGGUUCUUCAUUGACCGCGAUGGUGCCUACUUCGGGGACAUCCUGAAUUUCCUGCGUGCCGGGGAGCUGCCUGCGCGGGAGCGGGUCCGAGCGGUGCAUCGGGAGGCGCAGUAUUACUCCAUCGGGCCGCUGCUGGCGAGCCUGGAGGAGGUCCAGCCCCUCACCGGGGAGAAGGUGCGGCAGGCCUUCCUCGACCUCAUGCCCUAUUACAAAGAGAACUUGGAGCGCAUCCUGGAGAUCGCCAAGCUGCGCGCCAUUCAGAGGAAGGCCCGCUUCGCCAAGCUGAAGAUCUGCGUGUACAAGGAGGAGAUGCCGGUGACGCCCUACGAGCGUCCACUCUUCAACUCCCUGCGCUUCGAGCGCAGCGAGAGCGAGGCCAAGCUGUUCGAGCACCACUGCGAGGUGGACGUGUCCUUCGGACCCUGGGAGGCUGUGGCAGACGUGUACGACCUGCUGCACUGCAUCGUCAGCGACCUGGCCACCCGGGGCAUCAAUGCUGACCACCAGUGCAUCGGGGUGUGUGACAAGCACCUCAUCAACCACUACUACUGCAAGAGACCCAUCUACGAGUUCAAGAUCACCUGGUGGUGACCGUCCUCCCAGGCUCCGCCCACGCUCACGCCUCGGCGGGUUUCAUUGGUUGAGAUGGCCUCUGCAAGGCAGGGCAAGAUGAGGUGUAGUGGAAUAUUCGCGAGUCGGUCGUUCUGAUUGGCGAAGGAGAGAUUCCAUGAUUGUUUUAGAACGAUUUGUCAUUUGCUGAGGAUACUGUGAUGCGCUUGUGUAGUGGAUUUGUUGUCUGGUGUCAGAAAACUGCCUCUGCCAAAUUGUAUCUCCCGUCAGUGUUUGUCUGCUGCUAAUUUGUGUCUCCUUGCAAAUUAGUGUUAAGUAAUAUCAGCUAGGCUUUGCCUCAGUUCUUCAAUCGCUUCCUAGUAAUUCUUAACAAAAUCAGAUCACUGAAAUGGGGCAAGGGCAUACAAAUGAUUAUGGUUUGCUUAAAACAAUAUUUUUGGCAGUGUAAAUUUAGCAUUACACCCAGUAUAGAUGGCAAUUACAUAUGAGAGCCAUAAGUGAAGCUGCCACAUACAGCUACAACUAUAAAGAAAUUCAAGUAGACAAACAUUUCAGCAUGAGCCAAAAUGAGUCGUCUAUUUCAGCUGGUACAGGAAGAAAAUGACCACUGCGCCACCCAUGUGUCUUUUUGGCUGAUAAGUCUAGCAUUCCCACAAAUCACAUGACCAAAAAGUCUAUAGCUGUUCCCAUGCAGAACAGCUUAACAAUGUUGAUUUAUAAGCCACUGUACAAGCAAAGCAAUGAUAUCCCGGCACAAUAUUGUGGCACAAUCGUCUUAAAUUUAAAAACGUGGACUCACUGGCCAGGAGAAGGAUUCUGGAACCAGCUUUGAGACGCUCUGUUUGCAGGUCUGCGCACCGCAAUGGACCUCCCAGACACUAGGGGGCAGCUUCUGUGUUUACAUUAUUUAUUUAUUUACUUAUUUAUUCAUUCAUUCGUUUUUUUGGAUGAACUCUUAUGCUCAGAGAGUCGACGAUAAAACCGAAAUGGAGACAAACUGGAGAGAAGAGAACCUGUGUGAAAUGGACGAGGGGAUGAAACAUUAAUGAAACAAGAAUGAAUUGCAGAUGCAAACUUGUUUUGCAUUUGAUAGUUUGCCCAGACUUCUUUUUUUAAGUCAGGAAACAGUUUUGUUUACAUCAAAACUAUAAUAAUGUGAAAAUGCUUGUGAGAAUGUUGUUGAUAAAGUAAGAAGUAUUUUUAGGGUUUUGUCUAAAGGCAAAUACUGCAGAGGAUGGAAUUCCUCGGAAAUCCUGGAAUUCGCAGUCUUCCACAGAUUCACCAUGUUCUGCAGCUACAUCGUCAUCAUCAUUAUCAUAAACAGACUGCUAAAGUGAUCUGAAAUAUAUAACUGAGUGGCUCGGUUCUAGUUUGGUUACAUGAACAGAUGUUUUGUCUCCUUCAAAAAAUCGGAGUUUAUUAAAGACUGGAGUUAAGGCUUUGAAAAUGUGUCCCAAUAAGAAGUCUCAUGUGAUGUGAUGUGAUGUUUUUGUUUGACAGUUUCUAAGGAUUUUGCUGACAAAGAUUCUUGCUAUAUUAAAUCUGCAGCUAUCUACUGAAAAGGGCAGCAGUUGUUUGCAUUUUUUCCAGCAGAUGUGGACUGCCUCUGGGCACAGAUAUGAAAUAUCAGAGCUAAGGAAUGUAUUCUUCAUCUUGUUUAGAUUAGUUCGGAUGCACUCCACUGCCCUCAAUAUGCCCCCCAGCAUCAUUCAAACCCUACAGCACUGUGCCCCUUUGAUGUAGAAAUGACCACAUAAAACAAAUACAGUAAUCCGUCAUAUAUCCACCCUGACCGUUUACCCACCAUGAUCAACCUCUUCAGCAACGUCCGCCCUUACUCUGGUCCCACCGCAGAUGGAUACGCGACAGACAACUGCACCACAAACAUGAAACAUUUUACCAGGUUUAGUAUCAUUUUGUAUUUUCUCCCUUCAACAAAUAAAUUAGACACUGGAGUAAAAGGUUUGGAAAUAGGACCUGUGUGUGUGUGUCUGAUCAAGUUAGGGGGACCCACAAAUCAAACCAGUGCUCCCAGUCAUUAACAAGUGGUGUAGAAGGAGGUGGGUUAGCAUACUGGUAGUGAAAAUACUGUAUGCUGUUGCUAGAAGCAGGGUGCCUGGGUGAAGAUGGUGCAUUAGGUCAACAAUUGGUGGAUAUCGUAGUUUACCUGUGCUUUUUAUAUCUGGACUGAACCAAAUUUUUUCAAGUGUGUCUGUUCAAGUCUAUGCACCAGCUUUACAUCAUCUAAGAGCAGACAGAACUAAUAUUCCAAUAAUACUUCUCUAGUAAAGGUAGGCACAGGUUGUUCAUUUCAAGCACGCAUCUGGCAACUUGCUGUGGAAUGAAUUGCAUUAUUUGAAUAUGCACCCUACCCUAUGAGGACCACCGUUGUGUAGUCUGGGGGUCUCUCAAUGCCUGGGGAACAGACGGCGGGAGUUUUGUGCCAAAUACGUGACAAACUGUUCCUUUGUUAAAGCACGCCACUGCAAAAUGUCUCCCCCCACUGGUAGAUUGACGAACUACUGUACUUCAUAAAAUACU